AUGAGUUCUUCGUCCUCUCGCUCAAAUAACCGACGCCACUCAAUGAAUUCGAUUGAAUCUAGUGUUACUCGAUUGCUAGUUUCUACGAAACAUCUUCUUGAGAGUCUAACUCAAUGGGCGAGACAAGAGGCGGAUGAUAAAUACGUUUCUGAUGCAUAUGUUAAAUUGGGCAAUAACUUUCGAGCUGCAACUAAAGCAUUUACAAAUAGCGGAGUAGACAUCUCAGACCUAGGAGAUGUGCCUCAAGCAUUGAGAAUCAUCUUGGAAGCAGCGUUGAGUGAGGCACCCAGCCAAGAGAAUUUAGAUAGAUUCUUACCCAAUAUCAGGAAUAUUAUUGUUAGCUUGUUGCUGAAUUUAAAAGCAAAACAAGCAAAGGCGGAAGCAAUCGCGAAGUCAAAACGAUUAGUUUCCGAACCCCCUGCUUUUCAUGGAUCUGAUUCCACCACAACGGCAUCUUCGUCUUCAAUACCAGAUCUCGAUUCUGCAACCUCUACUGCAAAGGCAGAGUAUCCAGAUACUCAACCCAACGAUGCCUCUGAUUUUAAGAAAAAUUUGGCCGUGAAUGAUGCGUUAACGCAAUUGCAGAAGGGUAAUGUUCUCCAACGCCGUGCUUCUAAACGUUUCAGUGCAUAUCAGUUUGCGAAGCUAACAAACGUAUCCCAUAACACAGCUUUGCCAAGAUUAACACAAGAGUACACAAGUUCAAAUGAGGAUCAGAAGCUCCCUGAAGAUGACGAAAUAGACGAAAUAGAAAGGCCCAUUAUGUCUAAUGUGGACAUUUCAUUAGUAAAUAUUUUCCUCAAAAUCGGCAGUAAAACUAAAAAAGCUAAAAUUUCAUUGCCAGUUUCCCUUGCUUCCGUCAGACUUCUAUUCGUGGAAAAAUUUGCUUACUCUCCAGGAUCUUCCUCAUUUCCAGAUAUAUAUGUUCAAGAUCCGAACAGUAACAUUUCGUACGAACUCGAGGAUCUUGAAGAUGUUAAAGAUGGUACAUUGCUCAGUCUAAAUGAUCCUGAUUCGCAGGCAUUUCUAAUAAAAGGUCUUGAUUCAAAAGUUCAGUCACUUUCAGCGAAGUUAGACUUGAUGAGCUUGGAAAUUCGCAAUCAGAUUAGAGAAGAAGUUGGAGCUAUAGAAAUUCCGACACCUACUGUUAUUGCAACCCCGGUUUCUGAUAUUUCCAACCAGAAGGAAGUAAAAUCUUUAGACUCAUCUGGAGCAAAGAAGGAAUUGAUUGCAAUUGAACAGGAAUUGAAAUCAAUUAGACAAAUUCAACGCGUCUCAAGUGAUCAAGUAAGGCUGAUUGUCAACGAUCUAGUGCUGGCUUCCAAGGCUGUUCAUGACAAUGUACAGUCACACAAUGAUUCUAACAGAGUAUAUAUGGAUGCUUGUCACUCAAAAUUGUCAGAAGAGUCUGAUAUCUUGUUGACUAAAGUUGAUGACUUGCAGGAUGUAAUGGAAGCCCUAAGAAAGGAUGUUGCUCAGAGAGGUGUUAGAGUAGGUGAAAAACAGCUUAAAUCAACUCAAAAGGAGAUAGAUGACGCAAAAGUUUCGCUUCAGCUGAUGUCAGAAUAUAUUUCUCGAGAAAGAGUAGUAUGGAAAAAGAUAUGGGAAUCAGAACUUGAUAAAGUCUGCGAAGAACAACAGUUUUUUAAUCUACAAGAUGAUUUGACGCAGGAUCUAGAAGAUGAUAUUAGGAAAAUAGAGGAAACAUACAAGUUGAUUGAGAAAUGCUCUUUGGAGCAAAUCAAACAAUCAUCCUCCAAAAGAAAUAGAGUAGCUGCUCAGUUGUAUAUACCUGAGCCUGGAGAGAGCCUUCACAGUAUUAAGGAUGCAGUUCUCAGCGAAGUUGCUGCAUUGAGACCAAAUCACGAAAGCAGAGUCUUGGCCAUUGAGAGAGCUGAAAAAUUAAGAGAAAGAGAGAGGGAAUUAUUGAAGCUAAAUAAAUUUCAAGAAGAACUAGGUGAUUUUGUUGUGGACAACAAACUAAAAAAGUCAGGAGGUAUUGAAGAGUUAGAAAAACAAAGACAGCUUAAGGACAGCGAAAACUUAAAGAGUUCAUUUGGGAUCAUUUAA